GGCAGUGAACUCAGCGCACGCCGACCAUUCGCACAAGACCAUGGGGCCGCGCUACUGUGUGCUGUACCUAAUUGGGUACAUUGUAACGUUAUCCAUCUUCGGAACCGCUGUGUCAGCGAAAACUAUAUUCCUCGAGGAAAAUGCACCCACGUUAGAAGAGAUAAACUUCAUGAAGAAGUACGGCUACCUGCAAGAGGUGCCGUUGUCUGUGAGCACCACGUACACCAGCCAGUCCGUCGCCGGCGCUGUUGCCAAGAUGCAGAGCUUCGCCGGCCUGCCGCCCACGGGAUAUCUCGAUGAUGAAACGAGAAAAUUAUUUAAAAGAAGACGUUGCGGCGUAAAGGACAUUGAAACAAAGUCCUCAGCGCAUCGUAGAAAGCGAUACAUUCUGCAACAAGGAUGGGGCAGGAAAGCUAUUACUUACAGAGUACUCAACGGGACAAGCACUCUGUCUAAGUCGCGCGUGGAGACGCUGAUGCGCACGGGGCUGGAGGUGUGGGCGCCGCACGCCGGGCUGGACUUCCGCCGCGUGGAGCGCAGCAAAGCUGACAUCGAGGUGUCCUUCGCCAGCAAGGACCACGGCGACGGGUUUCCUUUUGACGGGCCAGGUCGUGUGGUGGCCCACGCGUUCCCGCCGCCGCACGGCGCCAUGCACUUCGACGACGAUGAGAUCUGGGGCGACGAGCCGGGCGAGGACGACGACGACAUCACCGACUUCUUCGCCGUUGCGGUGCACGAGAUCGGCCACGCGCUGGGACUGUCGCACUCGAACGUGAAGGCGUCCGUCAUGUACCCAUACUAUCAAGUGCCGGUGGAGAAGCUCCAUGAAGACGACAUUAUGGGCAUGCAGGCACUGUAUUUGAAGGAGGACGUGCACUCCCCGGCGGCGGCGGCGGAGGCGCGCACAGAGAGCGCCGUGCUGAGCCGCUCGUCCACCGCGCCGCGCUUCACCCGGCCGGACAGCGAGAGCGCCGAGGACGACGAGAACGACGUGCCCGACCUGUGCUACACCAACUACGACACCAUCCAGGUGCUGCAGGGCAAGAUCUACGUCUUCGAGGAGGAGUGGGUGUGGGUGCUGAGUGAGAGGAAGCAGAUCGUAGAGGGCUACCCGAAGAGGUUCCACGAAGUGUUCAUCGGCCUGCCGCGACAUAUCAACGUCAUCAGGACCAUUUACGAGAAGAGAAAUGGACACAUCGUUGUAUUCUCAGGCCGCAGCUACUGGGAGUUCAGCGCCCGCUUCCGGCUGGUGAAGCGCGGGCGCAUCACCGAGUACAAGAUCCCGCAGGUGCCGGAGCUGACCACCGUGUUCGUGUCCAACUACAACAACAAGACGUACCUCAUCGAGUAUGAGCGCUACUGGCGGUACGACGAGGCGACGCGCACCAUGGACCGCGGGUACCCUAAGGAGAUGUCUGCCUGGAGGAACGUGCCGUACCCUGUGGACGCGGCUAUCAUUUGGAAAGAAGACACGUACUUCUUCCGCGGGCCGCGCUUCUGGCGGUUCGACAACGCGCAGAUCCGCGCGCACGAGUAUUACCCGCUGCCCACGGCGCAGAUCUGGUUCCCGUGCCCCUCCACGCCCGACAUGAUGCAGUACACUGCCAACGACGAACCCUAGCUACGUUAUAACUCACCAAAACGCUUGGCAACUUCGAUCGUAACACUCCCGAUGAUCGCGCGGACCGGGGCGCGUGUAACGAUGAACGAAAAACCGACGACUGAUGCACGUCACUUCCCCGCACGCAUGAUUCCACACACGCGCAGUCUUCCUGUCGCCCGCAUAUCAUGGGAGCUUUAUCAACGAACUUGCCAGAUAGUUUUACCUUAGCUUAGUUCAGUGGCGAAUCCAGGAUCAUAAGAGGGGGCUAAAACCACUAAGGGUAGAUUUUAACACAUAAAUAUUAUGAAAGGGCCAUACUGCUCAAACUUUGUGUAUGUGUAGAUACAUGGUGAGUCAGACAAAACUAUGGACGAGGCGAAUCAUGAUGGUGGGGAGAUUCCCUUUCAAACCAUCUUCGAGACCUUGGUGCGUCCGACAGCAAAUAUGCCUUCUGAAUUAUCCGAUUAGAUUACCACUACAUUACAUUCAUUUAUUGUAUUCGACCAAAGAAACAAACGACAACCUGAGAUAUUAUUUUUAUGAAUCUUAAUUGAAGAUACUUUAGCUAAUGUUGAAAAUUCACGCUAUAAGUCACGGAUGAUCUGAUGCAUUGGGGGGGUUAAUAGCCCCUUAGUCCACCCAUUCGCCCCUAGAUCCGUCCCUGUUUGUUGAAUGUAAACAUGACGCAGACCACGGGACGUCAACGCUGUGUCGGGUCAAUCUUGGGUAGUCCCUGCUAUUGGAUGAAAGGAGAAAGCGUUGUAAUAUUACAUUAAAUUUGUUAUCAAGAUUUAUGUACAGCCUAGUAUAAGUUACAAUAAAGUUAAUUUAAGCUA